AUGGCUCUGAAAUCCGCAAUCCGCAAUUUGCGGAACAAACCCCAGUUUCUUUUUGUUUGCCUCCCGAAUAUUCUGUCCUUUCUCUGCAUCGUCGUCGGCGUCGCUUGGCUUCUUCUCCUGCCCCUAGACGAUAAUUCCCGCCGGACAUACAUCUCCGAGAAUGCACUUCUGCCAGGCCAGGUUCAUGCCUAUUUUACUGGAAGUGAACAGAAUAUCUUCCGUGGAUAUAAGCAGGAGCUACAGUCUUUGCUCAACGAGGGGCGCGAGACCGAGAGCCAGGGAGACGAGGUGGAGGUGACUCCAGCGGCUUCCAACAAAGUUCAUUCGAUCUUGCAAGCUGCUGGACUCAAGGUUGCCACGCAGAAAUACGAGUAUACCUCUUCGGGUGUCACACACCAGGGCGAGAACAUCUAUGGCAUUAUCCAUGCGCCGCGGGGCGAUGCGACGGAAGCAAUCGUGUUGGUGGCAGCGUGGAAAACUGCAGAUGAUGAGCUCAAUCUGAAAGGUGUCACGCUGGCUCUCACUCUUGCACGAUACUUUAAGCGAUGGUCGCUGUGGUCCAAGGAUAUCAUCUUCUUGUUCACACCUGAUAGCAAAACGGGCACCCAAGCUUGGAUCGACGCAUACCAUGAUCUCCAUCCCGAAUCCGUGCAACCUCUUCCCUUGAAGAGUGGAGCGCUGCAAGGCGCUGUAGUGAUUGAGUUCCCCUUCGACCACAACUUCCAGAAGCUUCAUAUUGUCUACGAUGGAGUCAAUGGCCAACUCCCCAACCUCGACCUUUUCAACACAGCCGUUGCCAUCGCAGGCGGGCAAAUGGGCAUCGGAGCGAACUUGCAGGAAAUGUGGGAGCACGAUGAUAGCUAUGAAGCGCGUCUUCAGACCAUGAUGCGCGGAAUGACGAAGCAAGGUCUUGGAUAUGCAACUGGUGCCCAUAGCAGCUUCAUGCCGUAUCAUAUCGAUGCGAUCACGCUGCAGCCCAAGGGCGAAGGCUGGGAAGAUGAAAUGGCACUUGGCCGGACCAUUGAAAGCAUCUGUCGCAGUCUGAACAACCUGCUGGAGCAUCUACAUCAGAGCUUUUUCUUCUAUUUACUCAUGCACAGCAACCGGUUCGUCAGUAUUGGCACCUAUCUGCCUAGUGCCAUGCUCAUUGCUGGAAAUUUCACUAUCAUGGCCAUUGCCCUUUGGAUGCGCACCGGGUAUUAUUCCGACUCGAAAGCGACGGCUCCCGUCGAUUCCGAUUCGAAGAAUACGAAGCAACCCAAGUCUGGCAGUCAGGAUGAUGAAAAUAAAGCAAAGAUCAACGGGGCUGCUCUGGCAGAGCGUCUCAUGGCUUUGCCCUUGACUCUUGUUACUGGUCUUCACCUUCUUGGUCUUGUCCCUCUCUGGAUCUUCAAUAACAUCUUCCACCAGUACUUCACCAUGGCCACCUAUGUCUUCGUUGGCGUGGAUAUCGUCCUGCCGCUCUUCCUGGCCGCGUUGCUCUCCAACGGACUGGGUGUGGCUAAGCCCAUCGUUCCACAACAAUACCAUUUGAUCAAGUCGUUUGCCCUUCUGCUCCUCGGCCUCUCACUCUCCACCCUCGCAACUCUCAACUUCUCCCUCUCUUUCAUGAUCGGCCUUCUUUGCGCACCGCUCAGCUUCGUCGGCCGUCUUGAAGGUGCUGCUCCGCUACGCUACGGCGUGUCUAGUCUAGGAUUUGUGCUGUUGAAUCUACUCUCCCCACCGAUAGUCGUCCUGGGCGUCUGCCAGUACACUGGUGUUUCUGUCGAGAGCGUGCUUACGCAGGCUGCUUUUGGUUGGAAUGUAUGGGACAUCCUUGCCAGCGCCCUCGAUCCAGUGACCAAGCUGAUUCACACCAGCAUCCCAGUCCUUCAAUCGGUUCCGCAUGCCAUCAAUCUGCUUCAUAUCCAGCACCUUGGGUUGAACCCAGUGGAUCUGCGCAACGCCCGCAACCUGAUCAAUCGAACCCUUCAGCAAGCCCAGCGACAAAGCCUUCAUAAUCAGGUGCUCGAUCUCAUCGGGCUGCACCUUAGUCUCCGAGGCAAUGGCAUCGAAGGUAAGGGAACGGUCGUGAGGCGGUCGCCGGAAGACCAUCUCGGUCAGCGCAGACAGGGAGAUUUUCUGGUAGAGGAAGACACGCACAUCGUAAGCGGUCAGAUCACCGCGGUUAAAGGCGAAGAGCAGCUCUCGCAGCCAGUUGUGCGGUGUCGGGGUGAGCGAAUCCAGAAUGGGGUGCAGGAGGAGCUCGCCAAAGUUGUAGAUGGAGUCGGAGACCAGCGCAGCGACACUGAGGUGGUAGGCGCGCGAGAGGCGCUCGUUUUCGGGGAGGUCUUCGAGGUUGAUGCAGGCCAGGUACAGGAGGGCGUUUUUGUAGAAAGAGGCAAAUUCUUGUUUAGCCUGGAGUGA